GAAUAUGAAAAUUCGGAUAACCGGUUCAGAGUCCGGAAUUCCAGCUUCUUUGUCCCCGGCAAGGUAUUUGAGCUCCUCUUCAUGGUAAUUUCGGCAUCAAUUGACCUUGCAGUCAAGGUGUUCAAGGUCUUGUGGUCUGAGCCGGAUACUUCAAAGGAGUCGGGACCAGCCUCCACGGUUACGGGGACGGGUCACACCCCGUAUCAAAAGAUCCGGUAUUUCACUGUUAUCCGUGAAGGGUACCGAUCCUGCCAAUGUUUGCCUAUCCAGACAUAUGAAAGACGAGGACUUACGAAAUGGGGAACGAGAAAGAGCGAUCAUGCAAUUAUCCAUACUGGAGAAGUGCCACCUUCCCCUUUACCCGGCGAGAACGCUGUCAGAGGCGAAGAGCCGAUGAGAAAACCAAUUCGCGUAACUGCUAGAACUCGCAGUGACAAAUUGGACAAGAUAUCACGGAUUAACUACAACAAGAUAUUCACCGUGGAACACAAUGUCAAGGUGUUCGAGUUUGGCGAGGUGCAUCAUAGCUAUCACUCUCGCCUCUUCGCGAACUUCAACGCAGUGAACCAGCCUAUAAUCCCCAUUGGUGGCGCCGGUCAAGUACCUGACUAAACCCCGCGGCCAUUCGUCCUGCGAUCAGUGAUUAUC